AUGCCUGACGGACAAUUCGUGACGGCGUCCUUCGCUGAAAACACAGAGCUCUUCUGGGCUCUCCGUGGUGGCGGCGGCAGCACUUUUGGCGUCGUCACUUCUGUCACCGUCAAGGCUUUCCCUACCACUCCAGUCACCUCGUCGACCUUCACUUGGACCACCGGCGCUAACCUUACCCACGAAACCUUUUGGGCUGGAUUCCGCGCCUAUCUAGACCUGUUUAUCGAACAUUCCGACGCCGGAAUCUACUCAUACUUCUUUAUUCUCCCAUCCGACGGGGAGUUUACCUUUUUGAUGCAGCCAUUCUUCGCACCCAACAAGACCGUGGCUGAGACUGAGGUUCUCCUCUCACCCUGGUUCAAGCGACUUCAUGAACUAGGUAUCCAGUUCACCCCAAAGACCCGGUAUUUUAACACGUUCUACGAGGCCUGGAACGCUUCCUUCCCGCUGGAGGUGGUUGAAAAGACCCAUGUCGCGACAGGAUCCCGUCUGUUCCCCCGUGCCAAUUGGGAAGAUGAGUCUAAGCUGAACGAAACCUUUUCCGCCAUACGCGCUUCCUCAGAGGCCGGUCUCACCUUCAUCUCCUUUAACAUGGCCCCGACUCUCGCCCGCGGCGGUAACCCAGACAACGCCGUCAACCCUGCCUGGCGCGAGGCUGUCAUGCACGCGUUGUCCAGCGUCAACUGGAGCGACGACUCGCCGGUAUCCGAGAUCAAACAGGUCCGUCACAGCUUUACGCACAAGUAUAUGCAGCGGUGGCGCGAUGUGAGCCCGGGAGCAGGGUCGUACCUGGGCGAGAGCGAUCGCAUGGAACCAAAUUUCCAGCAGUCCUUUUACGGGGACCGUUAUGAUCGCCUAUUGCAGUUGAAGCGAAGGGUGGAUCCCUAUGAUGUGUUCUGGGCUGCUACGGCCGUGGGUAGUGACCGGUGGACGAUCAAGACGGCGGAUGGCUUACCAACGGAGAAUGGGAAAUUGUGCCGGACUUAG